AUGGGUUUGUGCUUUGGAACGGGCCGUUCUGGUUUUGGAACGGCCCGUUCUGGGAGAGUGAGAAUAUUAUUUGUUCUUACUGUCAUUCAAUGCCAAAAAUUAUUGCAGGAGACUGAGAAUAUUAUUUGUUCUUACUGUCAUUCAAUGCCAGAACCUCACCCUCUAAUUGUUCCUAUACUAGAGGAAGUGGGUUUUUCUGGGGUUGCAAAGCUCAGACAUCUGAAAGUGGAUCACGCAUUAAUCACAGCUUUGGUUGAAAGAUGGAGACCUGAGACUCAUACAUUCCAUUUUCCAACUGGAGAGUGCACCAUAACACUGGAGGAUGUUGCACUUCAACUUGGCUUAAGAGUUGAUGGUUUACCAGUCAUUGGCCCAACAUUAUAUGACUGGGAGGAAAUGUGCUCCACCUAUCUCGGAAUCAUGCCAGUUAAAGUCUUGGGCAUGGCAUCGCAUGCCAUAUAUUGCGCCUAUUUCCAGGUUACCAGCAACAUUCCCUCUAGUUUAUCAAGGUUUGAUCAUAUUCAGAAUGAUCAGGGUAGGAAGCUUGUUUUUGGAGAAUUGAAGUCUGUGGAUCGGGUUUCAGGGAAAAUUCUUCCUCUUCUCAUUUCUUAG